GGAAUGACGCCGUUUGCUUAUGCCUGCAGGUCGAGCGGGAUUGGUGUUGUGGAACUCAUCUUGGACAGCUACCUACUGAGGGACGGCCUGGUGAACCCCGACUCGACAGACAACGAUGGAAUGACGCCGCUUGCUCAUGCCUGCAAACGGGGCAGCAUUGGUGUUGUGAAACUCAUCUUUGACAGCUACCUACUGAGGGGUGGCCUGGUGAACCCAAACGCCAGAGACAAGAGUGGUUUAACCCCGCUGGCUCAUGCUUGCCGCUGGGGCCGGGGGGAAAUAAUCGAGCUUUUUCUG